CUUCCCCACCCCAGCUCCGUUGCUGGGUACGAGUGUCGCACAGAAUAACCUCCCCGGCCACUCAAAUUGAAAACCGCGCGGAAUUGUGGGACUCGUAACACAAAAAAAAACUACUUCCAAGAUGUCUGACAUGGAGGAUGAUUUUAUGUGCGAUGAUGAGGAAGACUAUGACUUGGAGUAUUCUGAAGACAGUAACUCUGAGCCGAAUGUGGAUUUGGAAAAUCAGUACUACAAUUCCAAAGCUUUGAAGGAGGAUGAUCCUAAAGCAGCGCUGAGCAGCUUCCAAAAGGUAUUGGAACUGGAAGGUGAAAAGGGAGAGUGGGGAUUUAAAGCGCUCAAACAGAUGAUUAAAAUUAACUUUAAGUUGGGUAACUAUCCAGAAAUGAUGAACCGAUAUAAGCAGCUGCUAACGUACAUUCGGAGUGCAGUGACAAGGAAUUAUUCAGAAAAAUCCAUCAAUUCCAUCCUUGAUUAUAUAUCUACUUCUAAACAGCAGCAGAAGUCGAUGAAGAGGCAGGGUAGCAACGGGGAAAUCGCAGAAACGGACCUGAAAGCUUGCUUUGGAGGGGAAGCUGAAUCCAAGAUGGAUUUGUUGCAAGAAUUUUAUGAAACCACGCUUGAAGCUUUGAAAGAUGCAAAGAAUGAUCGGUUAUGGUUUAAGACAAACACAAAGCUUGGCAAACUGUAUUUGGAAAGAGAAGAAUUUGGGAAACUACAGAAAAUAUUGCGCCAACUCCACCAAUCAUGUCAGGUAGUCUGA